AUGGGCAAAUCAAUCCUCCUCAUCAACGGCCCCAACCUCAACCUCCUGGGCACCCGCGAACCCCACAUCUACGGCAGCACAACCCUCUCCGACGUCGAAACCAACUGCCGCGCCGUCGCCGCCAGCCACGACUGCACCUUCGAUGCCUUCCAGUCAAACCAUGAGGGCGCAAUCGUCGACCGCAUCCAAGCCGCGCGCGGCAAGGUCGACGGAAUCGUGAUCAACCCCGGCGCCUACACUCACACCUCUGUGGCUAUCCGCGAUGCGCUGCUAGGUGUUAGCAUUCCGUUCAUCGAGCUGCAUGUGAGCAAUGUUCAUGCCCGUGAGCCUUGGAGACAUCACUCGUAUUUCAGUGAUAAGGCGGCGGGUAUUAUUGUUGGACUUGGUGUUCAUGGGUAUAAGGUUGCUGUUGAGCACGUGGCGUUGAAUUUCAAGGAGUUGGAGAAGGAGAGUAAGGCUGCGCUAUAA